AUGGUGGCCAGCGCUGAGCUCGUGCACGGGCAGGCGGCCCCCGACCUCGAGGUCUACUAUGACGACGAGGCGAGCGUGGACAUGAAGGGGUUCUGGCUCGACGGGCCCAUGGGCUCCUCCGCGCACGCGGACGCGCUGCCGGCGCCCACCAGCCCGGGCGACCCCGUCCCUGCGCCGGCUGGGCCACCGAGCGUGCGCUUCGAGGCGCCGCCGGUUCGGGAGUUCCCCGAGCCGCCCACGCCGCCGCCCAUGCCCCUCUGGCGAUACUUCAUCGUUCGGGCGAGGGUACAGUGGCCAGAAGGAGCGCAGUGGAUGAUUUUCAGAGGGAGGGCGGCCGACGCCGCCGCGGCCAGCGCAGCGGCUGACUACCUCGACGGCGCAAUGGCUCUCGAGGUGGAAGACCCGACUGGCGCAACCAUCCGUUUUCUCGUGAAGCCUGACGGCGUCAUCCGCGCGCCUGCCCCAGGGCCCUCAAGGCGUCUGCCAGCGGGGUUCAUCGAGGAGAUGCUCCACCACGCGCCCCUGGGCUGCGAGGAGCUCGGCAUCAGCGUCUCGGCGACCAACGUACCCGAGAAAGUCUGGCAUAAGCUGGCGGCGUGGCACGGGCUCCCCGUGGGCGGGCGAGCCAGGCCGCUCAGCGAGGCUCGCUGGCGGCUGCUCCGUGAGAAGGUGGCCAGCUUGGUCAAGUGGCACCCCAGGGGAGGCGCGGCGCCCAGUCCGAGCUUCGAAGCGAGAGCUACAGAGGCUGACGCUAAGCUGCGCAGCGACUGGCAGCGGCUUGACCGCAGCAGCUCGCCCAGGCCACCAGCUGGGCCCACGCGCCGUGGCUCACGCCCCCCGUCCGCCGAGGGCGGGCGGGCAGCGAGCUCUGAGGCACCAGUAUUAGGAGAAAGCCAUCAAGGGGACGACGGCGGGGACAUGAUGGCAUGCUACUUGGAAGAGAAGGCUCGCGGGUCGAGCGACGCGGCGGCGGUGCAGAGCGCGGCCGCCGGCUUCGACGAGGAGGCCCAGCAAGUGCUCGCUAGCCUUGUCCGCUACGCCCAGCACCUCAAGCAGCAGACGACCGAGCCAGAGGAGCUCGCGCGGCUCGAUGGGCACAUCGGUAGUUGGGAGGCACUCCAGCAGGGGCCGCCAGCCAUCCAGGCCGACAGCGCGCCCCUGUUCGAAGCGCGGCCACCUCUCUCGCCAGCAGCAGCCACGCCUGCCUUCGCCUUCGGGCCGCGGGACGCCGGCCUCCCAGCUACCGCGGCUGGGCUGGCCCCGGUCGUCCGCCCACAGGCCCCGAACAUCGGGGCCCUGUUCCGCUACGACCAGCACGUCAGCGACUUGGGCCUACCCCCAGGUCUGACCGCAGCUCCAGCGCGCUAUGCCGCAGGAGCCCCGGAGGAGGGCGGAGGCAGCGACCCGUUCGGCCUCGCGCACCCCG